AUGAAGGCCGUUUCAUUUUUGGCUGCGUUGCUGCCAGCAGUAGCUGCGCAAACUCUUUGCGACCAGUACUCGACCAUCUCGGCCAACGGUUUCACCAUCAGUAACAACCUCUGGGGCGAGUCAUCUGCAGAUGCUGGAGGAUUCGGUUGUAUCACAAACGACUGGAUCACUGAUGCCACAGCGUGGCACGCUGACUGGCGAUGGAACAUAGGAGCAAAGCAGUUGGUCAGCAGCAUCAACAGCAUGCCCACCGGUGCCGUAUGGAACUAUACCGGAAACAACUUGCGCGCUGAUGUCGCGUACGAUUUGUUCACUGCUUCGGACCCUAACCACCCAACUUACUAUGGAGACUUUGAGCUUAUGAUCUGGCUUGGCAGAUAUGGUGACAUCUACCCCAUUGGUCAAUCACAGGGCAAUGUCAACGUCAACGGCCAAGAUUGGAACCUGUACUACGGCUGGAACGGCCAGAUGCAAGUCUACAGCUUUGUUGCUUACAACCAGGUUCAGAACUGGAACGGCGAUGUCAAGGCAUUCUACAACUGGAUGGCUACAAACCGAGGAUACCCCAUUGGCAGCCAGUACCUUCUCAGCUAUCAGUUCGGAACUGAGCCAUUCUCUGGUGAUGGCAACACCUUCUGGGUCUACUACUGGAAAGGAGAUAUCCAGUAA